AUGGCCUGCCACCAAAUCUCCCACCCCCCAGGCAAAACAGCCAAACACAACGACCCCGUCCGCGCAUAUAUCCGCUUUUGUGCGAGCGUGCUUGUCCCUACCCAUCUCCGCCUCUCGGAGAGACGUUCCAUUGCCGUUGAUUUAUACAAUGCCCACAUCGUCAAUGCGAAGCUCGAGAAGGUUCUUGGCCGAGCAUGUUGUAGAUUACCAGCGAUGAAGAGGCUAUACGGGCACCGCCUCGGAGUUGAAGAGAACCGCACACAGCUUAGCGCACUUGCAGGUGCUACUACAAUCGAAACAAUAGAACUGCGUGACUCCAAAUUGCACAUCGAUGACCUUCUGGUCAUCCUCAACCCACUUAAGAAUUGUCAUUCUUACGUCGUCUAG